AUGGUGGACAGUUAUGAUGACAAAUUUGGAAGUGGCAUGUAUGCAGCUAACGGCUACUCUUUGUACCUCAGUCAGGCAACAAUCCUUGAUUGCGUCGAGCGGAUAUGCAAACGGCAGAGUGCGCAUGUACCCAUUACGGUAGCGGAUUUCGGAACAGCAGACGGGCGUACGUCCCUACAGCUACUCAACAAUGUUAUCGCCACAACACAAGAGCUGUCUGGGGUGGCCAAGCCUGUCAUGAUAUAUCAUGAGGACCAGACCAACAAUGACUUUACCUUGCUGUAUCGGGUUAUUCAAGGUACUGAAGACAGAGGACAAGGUGGGCUCAAGCUGUCGUCUAAUGUAUUCCAGGCUGCUGUUGGGAGGUCAAUGUAUGAGCAAUGCCUCCCAAACAACUCCGUGGAUAUAUCAUUCUCAUCUAUAGCAGCGCAUAACUUGUCCAGAAGACCUUGUCGAAUAGAGGGUGGAUGUUUAUCCUGUGACGGUACUGAGAAGGAAAAGGCGGUAUUAAAAAAACAGUCUGCCCAGGAUUGGGAACAAUUUGUUUACAUGAGAGGAAAAGAACUCAGCCCAGGUGGCUAUUUAGUGGUACUGAACUGUGGAGUUGACAAAGACGGUAAAGGCAUGUUUCCGAUAAAAGGAGGAUUACCACAACUCGGGAAAUUACUAAGUAUAAUGCUUCAUGAUGGUCUUAUUACACAGGAGGAAUUCCUCGACGCGAACUUUGAUGUGGACUUCUACAGAAGUGAGGAAGACCACAGCCGCCCAUUUACACAGGGGGACAGGCUGACGCAGAUGGGUCUGGAACUGGUAUCGGUUCGCUCAUUCACCAACAGGCUGGAGCAUCACACGUUCGACAUCGUAGAUAAAGACGAAGCUACCAAGGCAGAGUAUGCCGAGAGGGUGGUGGCAGGUAUAAAGCCGUGGUUCUACCAUGUGAUCUACAACGGGUUGUCGAAAACGAGGCCACAGGAGGAAAGAACGCGACUGACAGAUCUCUACUUCGAUAGGAUGAGGGCAUUUGCCCAUGACAACCAUGGCGGCAAGACUCAAAUACCAUUGGUUGAGACGGUUGUCAGGAAACGUCUCUAA